AUGCGAAACACCACCUGCCACUUGCCCAACGGGCUCACCUUUGACGUAUCGCCCGUUUUUGGUGGGGUCUCCUUCAAAUCCACCGACUUCAACAUACGUCACAAGUCCACCUUCCCCCCAGGUUGGACAAUCAUAAUCAACACUGAGAGGACUCGCAAGAAAGAGAAAGAUGAUCCAGAAUCAGAGAACCCCCGCGACGUGGACGAUAGUUUUGGCCGUUUCACUACCCCCACCUUGACCCACGACUCCCUCUACAUCUCGUAUAUAGUCAACCCGCCAACAAGCGAAUUCAAAUCCGUGACUUCACCCACCCGCCAGAUCGCCAUGAUGCUCUGGGCAACUCUAUGGUGGUACUUCCACGAACCAGAACCAGACCUGCGCUUGGAGACCGCGGCCUCAAGCAAGACCCCGCGCGACGGACGACCAAAAGGCGAAUGGCGGAUAAAGAUCAAGCGCGAAGGAAUCUUCAAAGGCCGGAACCUCCUCCAAAAGCUCGAACGAAUGGGCCUAAUUGCAACCGAGGACUCCUCCGUCGGCCUCCAGCCCAUCGAAACCCGCGACUCAAGCAGCUGGUCAACCAUGUUCGUAAGCAGACGUAGUUUCUGGCAGCUCGACCCGCGUCUCUUCCUCUUCACAUUGACGCCAAGCGGAGGCCCAAUGACACCUCCCGUCCGGUCGGGUAAUGCGUCACCCACGCCGGAUGGCAACCCCAGCGCAGCGCCGCCGACACUAUUACCCAUGGAGGUAACCUUCCACACUUCGAAUAUGGCCCAGUUCACCUCGGUAGGACCGUUCACGUCUGGGAGCCAUCUACCAACAUACUACCCGCCCCCGCCAACCCAGUUCACCUUCACGAACGGGGUGCGACACCCCGUGCGUCCGAAACCGCCGCACCAGGGUGAGGUGUUCUACGUGCGCUACAUCCCCAGUCUGAGCCAGUAUCUCUCAUUCCGCGUGGCGUUUGUGCCGAUGACGUCGCAGGAGAGUACUGCCAGUGAUCAGGGCGGGAUGUCUAGUAGCACGGCUGUGACGAGCAUCUCGCAGCAUCUCACUUGUAAUAUCUCCUCUGAUCUGGACACACUUCAUCGGUGGAUGAAUAUACCGCGGGUGGAGGUGAUGUGGGCUGAAGGUGGACCAAAGGCUGUGCAGGAGAAGUUCCUGCUCGCUAGUCUGACUAGUCGACACAGUUUCCCUGUUAUCGGAUGUUGGGACGGGAAGCCGUUUGGGUAUUUUGAGAUUUACUGGGUUAAAGAAGAUCCGCUCGGACGACUUCUGGAUCAUGCGGGUAAUUAUGAUCGGGGUAUUCAUCUACUUAUUGGGGAGCAGGAAUUCCGCGGUGCGCAUCGGGUUGCGGUCUGGUUGAAUGCGUUGGUGCAUCACUGUUUCUUGGCGGAUAUGCGGACUUCAUCUGUGGUGUUGGAGCCGCGGGUUGAUAAUCUCAAACUCAUUAAUUACCUCCAAGAUGCAGGCUUCUAUAAAGAAGGCGAGGUCAGCUUCCCGCAUAAGCACUCUGCUAUCAUGAGAAUCAAGCGCGAGUACUGGGAAAGUCCGGCUCUGUAG